AUGGUGUGGUCGUUUCUCAACACGGGCAAAGAGGCCCUACAUGCGCUUCUUAAUAGAUUCUUAGCACCCUACGUCGAAGGUCUCGACACAUCGCAACUUCAGUAUGGUGUUUGGCAAGGCCAAUUAUCUCUUCGAGGACUUAAGCUUAAGAAAGGCGCUUUGGACAAAUUUAGGUUGCCAGUGGAUGUGCUAGAGGGAUAUGUCGGUACAUUUACAUUGACCAUUCCCUGGCAAAAUAUCACUGGUCGACCUGUGGAAGUAUAUAUUGAGGAUGUGUAUUUACUGGCAGUUCCCGCUGCAGAGAGCACAUUCGAUCCCGCCGAAGAUGAAGAGCGGAAGCAAGCAACUAAACAAGAGCGUCUAAAUGCUGCAGAGAUUGUCCGAGUUCGGGGGCAGAUGGCCGACGCGUCCACUACAAACGACUCGCAGCAGCACCAAGGAUUAAUCGAAAGCAUAACUGGGCGUAUUGUAAAUAAUGUUCAAAUUACCGUCAAGAAUAUUCACAUUCGCUACGAAGAUAGCAUCAGCGCCCCAGGUCAUCCUUUCUCAGCCGGUAUUACCUUGGCUGGCUUCACCGCAAAUUCCGUCGACGAGAACUGGAUUCCCACAUUUAUUCAGGAUACCCGCGCUGGUGUCCAUAAACUUGCAAAGUUGGAAUCACUUUCGGUUUACUUUAAUACCGAUAUGACCAGCAUGGCCGGCCUUCCCUUCGCUGAGGCUAUGCCUAAGUUCAACGCUGGAAUUGCUCAUCGCGGAAAACCACAGCCCGAUCAUCAAUUCAUCUUGAAGCCUGUUACGGGCGAGGGACGCGUUAUUAUGAAUACGAAGUUUGAUAACCAGACAGCAAAGAAUGAUGUCCAAAUACUCUUCGACGAAAUCGGGUUCGUGGUCGACGACAAUCAAUACCGAGAUGCGAUUUCGAUGGUGGAUAUGUAUCAUUUCUAUUUACGGCAACAACAGUAUCGCGCGCAUCGACCCACCGACGAACAAUUGAAACCUAAUAAGGCCCGGGCUCUACUCCGAUUUGCGGGACAGAUGAUUCUGAAGGAGGUCCAUGAGAAGAACUACAAGUGGACAUGGCAGCAUUUUGCGAAGCGACGAGAUGACAGGAAGGAGUAUGUGAGGUUGUUUAAGAAGAAAGAGUCUGACAAGAACAAAACCCUUUACGCGGAGGAUUCGGCUACAUUUCAAGCGUUGGAACGAGAGUUGGCGUACGAAGACAUUCGAUUCUAUCGCUCGAUUGCUCGGUCAGAGCUGCGCAAAGAGCGGGCAUCUCGAAAGGCAGAGGAAGAAGCGCACCAUACAGUCCCUGCAAAAGCAGCAUCUGCGGUAGGAGGCUGGACGUCUUGGAUUUUCGGGGGCGGCGGUGACACACAGUCAGAGAAGCCUGAGGAAGAUACACUUGGUCUGGAUACUAUGAGCGACGAACAGCGAAAGGAACUCUUCCAAGCAGUGGAUUACGACGAAAAAGCAGCGAUUGCUGCUGCUUUCGAGGCUCCGCGCGAUGCGAUUAAAAUGCGUAUUGCUGCCCAACUUAAGCGCGGCUCGUUCGCCCUGCGCUCUUCACAAGCCAAGGCUGGAGACGAUAUGAUUUCUGUUGUUUUCGAUGCUUUCCGUGCCGAUAUUAUUCAACGCCCGGACAACAUGGAUGCUGUGCUAAUGUUGGGUGGAUUCGGUGUCUACGAUGGAACCGAGCAAGGAUCUAUUCAUCCACAAAUAGUGCGAGUCAAGGAAACUCAUCGUAAAUCUACCAUGGAUGAAGGUGUUGCUGUGUCAAGUCCUGACAAGGCUUCCAAGGAUAACUGGGAGACCACCAUUGACGACCGUGGCAGCGAAGCUGGGGACGAGUCACUUCCUGACGACUUGGAUGAUUUGUCUGAUCAUAGACCUGAGCCCGAAAAUAAGCCGGAGCGUAUGCAAGAAAUUGAGGACCCAUUCCUUUACGUCAAGUUUGAGAACAAUCCUCUUGAUGAGCGCGCAGAUACCGGCCUUACCGUUCGUAUGCGUUAUAUGGAGAUUGUUUAUCAUCGUGGGUACGUCGAGGCAAUCUAUCGUUUCUUGAAGCCUCCCGAGAGCCAACUGGAAUCCGUUGGUGCGCUCCUGAACGCGGCAGGCGAGACGUUGGAGGGGCUUCGGAAAGAAACCCGUGCUGGUUUGGAGUAUGCUCUACAACAACACAAGACUAUCGACGUCAAAAUGGACCUACAAGCCCCAAUUAUCAUCAUUCCUGAGGACGUCAAAGUCAAGCAAUGCCAACAUAUGAUUUUGGAUGCUGGCCAUAUCUCCAUCGAAAGCCAGCUAGUCCCCAAGGAAACUAUGCGUGAGAUUGAUGCGAAGAAGAAACGCCAAUAUACCGAUGAGGAUUAUACCCAAUUGGAAUCUCUAAUGUAUGAUCGAUUCUCUGUCAAACUUCAUUCGGCCCAGCUAUUGCUCGGGAGCGAUCUCGAAACUGUUCUUGCAGGCCUAAGUCAUGGUCAUGACCGUGCCCAAGAGCUUCAUCUACUCGAACGUAUCAAUCUCGAUUUUGUUGCCCAGAAUACUAUUGUUCCAGAUGCCCUCAAUCUCGCGAAACUCAAAGUAUCUGGCAAGUUACCCGAGCUCAAAGUCAAUCUUUCAAAUCAAAAGUAUAAGGGCCUUAUGCGUAUCAUUGAUAUUGCCAUUCCAAAGUUUGGUGACGACACAGACGUAUCAGCCAGUAAACCCAAACCAAGCACUGAGCAGAUCCCCGAUCGCCCAUCCGCCCUUCCAAUACCCGGAAACGUAUUUUCACGACGGCAGCAAAUAUCCUAUGCUAUCGAUGAUGAUAUGGAGUCUUCAAAUGGUGCCUCGAAUCAAGACUUUUACGAAACGGAUGAGGGAGAAAUUAGCGAUAUGAAACUUCAUCAGCACACCGUUGAGUUCACCUUUGAAGUCGAGAAGCUCCAGGCGUCACUUUACAAGACGGCAGUAGAUGGAACUGAGAAGCUUCUUGCAAACACGGUUCUGGAAGGUUUUGCUCUUGAGUUUGCGAUGGCUAUGUUUACUAUGAAUGUUGAUGUCUCACUGAGAUCGAUUGGCAUCAACAUGAUAACGGAAGAACAAAAAAGGAUGCAGCUUCUCACUUCUAAUCAAGGUCGAGCUGGAGGCGAGACUAGUUCCGACCUUGUUCGUGUCAAGUAUGUUCGCGCACAGAAGGAAUCUCCGGAGUUCACGUCCGUCUAUGAUGGGAUCGAUCAAAGUGUGGAUGUAGCUCUUUCGACAUUUAGUUUCAACGUUGCCCCAGAACCGGUACUCACACUUUAUGACUUUAUCAUGUCGACAUUUGUUGGCGGUAACGAACCAACUACAAAUACCCUUACACCUGCUGAGUCUAGUGCGGGCACACCUGAAGCAGAGGAACCACCCCCACCGGUAGACUCCGGUAAAAUCAAAGUAAAGGUCAAGCUCACGAGUAUUCAACUGCUCUUAAUGAAUGGAAAGAAGAUUGGAACAUUGGUGCUUCCUUCAGCAAACGUCGAGGUCCUCCUACGACCAGGAUCUAUGUUGGUAGAAGCGAAGCUAGGUCAACUAUCUCUUAGCGACGACUCAGAUACACCUGUUUGCUCCAAAGAAUUUAAGCAACUACUUGCCAUUGAAGGGGAAGAUUUGGCCAACUUCAAGUAUGAAACCUUCGACCCUACCGAUCCCGAUUUUGAUGGUAUCAAUUCGUCCAUUCACCUUCGUGCGGGUUCGCUCAAGCUCACUUUUGCCGAGGAGCCUCUUCGUGAUCUCUACGAUUUUUUGGUUAAGUUUGCUCGACUGAAGAGUCUCUAUGAUUCGGCAACUCAAGCUGCGGUACAACGAGCGGCAGAGAUUUCGAAGAUGAAAUUCGAUGUUGUCGUGCAAUCUCCCAUCUUGAUAUUCCCGUGCAACGCAACUGCCUCUGAGGACGUGAUGAUUAUGAAACUAGGAGAAAUCGCUGCCAGCAACAAGUACGAAGGAGAUGACGGCUGUAUCAAUGCGGGGUUGCGUGGCAUUCGACUUUCCUCCAAGCUCUCAGAUGGCUCAGAGAGGCACAGACUCCGUGUUAUGGAAGACGUGGAUAUUACCGCCAGCAUCCAACAAUACGCAAACGUUGAUAGAAAUGCUCAUCCGAACAAACCAGACACAUAUAUUGACAUCAAGAUGUCCGAUAUCCGAGUGGCCUUGACUCAGACCCAGUUCUGUAUUUUAAUGGACCUCGCAAAUUCGGUGCCUCAAGUAUUUGCUACGGCAGAGGAGACCGAAAAAGAAGUAGAGCAAUCGAACAACAAAAUGCCUACUCUUCAGAUUGAGGCAUCGGUGCCUACAACUCCGGCGGAUGACAACAAUGCUCUAGUUGACCUGGGUCCAGAAAUAUCUUUGCAUGCCACUGACAAGGAAGGAAAACCGAUUAACGUCUGGACUACUCUUGACCUUGUGUUCUCAUGUCACGCAGUGAAGUUGCACCUAUAUGAUCAAAACGCUUCUCGUGAAGACAACCUGAAGGAAUGUGGAAUAGCUCGCUUUGCCCUUGUGGACAAUAUCGUGAGGUACAAGGCCCUCUCUGACGGUGCUUCAGAAGCGGAGGUAGUCCUAAAAUCACUGACGAUGAGCAACACUCGCCCUGGUCCUACAAAGUUCAGAGAAAUUAUGCCCGCCGCUCAACACGAUCGCAAUCAAUUCAUGAUUCUUUAUUCAACUUCAGGGGGACCAAACCCAUCUUCGCGUGCGAUUGUUACAAUUGAUUCCCCCAAGAUUAUAUUCUCCAUGGACCCUGUCUUUGCCCUAGUGGAUUUCUUUUCCAGUCCAUAUGCUAAUCCAGAAGUGACAAACGAAGAAAAUGCUGGCGCACAAAUCGAAGAAGUGGAUACUGGUGCACAAACUUCUGAACUGGCCUACCGUGUUGAUAUUCACGAUCUUUCUGUCAACAUAUUGGAGAACGACGCGGACCCACACAGUCAGGCAAUUCACCUAACUGUUAAGGAGGUUUCCACUUCUCAGCAAGGGGUUAUGGCUUUGAAUGUCACCCAACUUGGCAUGUCUCUCGGUCGAAUGGGACGCUCAGCUGAAAGCGUUCGCUUUUUAGACGAUAUGGAUGUCACGCUUUCUCUAGACACAAGGAAGUCUACAGCUCAUCAAAUGACUAGCAUCGAGCUUUCGAUGCAACCAAUCGUAUUCCGUGCUUCAUACAGGGACAUUAAUCUCAUCAUGGCUAUCGUCAAUCGAGCAAUUGAAUUAUCGUCGAAACCUCAGGGACAAACUCAAGAUAAAACGCAAGAUGCAAGGCCAGAUGCAGUCUCGUCUGUGUCAUCGUCGAUGCCGCCCUUAUCCCAACGUAAACCUUUGCCCUCAUCCCGUUCACGCAAGCCCAUCCGAAGAGCGAGCCACCGAGCUACUUCUGAUAUUCCUAAGCUCAUGAUGUCUAAGGAGAAGCUCAAAGCGUCGUUCGACGGAUUCCGUCUGGUCCUAAUUGGUGAUCUUCACGAAUUGCCAAUGCUUCACCUGAAGACAAAGCCAUUCGAGGUCUUGGUUAGCGACUGGUCAGGAGAACUGAAAGCCACAACAACAUUUGGAACUUCGAUUAACUAUUGGAAUCUGGUGAAUUCACACUGGGAGCCACUUAUCGAUCCUUGGACUUUCUCGAUUUCCGCUGUUAAAGAGGAGACUGAGGGCACCCUGACUGUGACUUUGGGAUCAAAAGAGCGCCUUGAUCUCAACAUGACCUCUGCAUUCGUAGAAUUGGCUAUCAAUACGGCUAUGGUAUGGCAACAAAAAGGCGACCAAGUGCUACAGCGAGCCCGUGGAGGAGAUGCUCCUUAUCGCAUUCAUAACCGAACAGGAGAUGUUAUUCAUGUCUGGUCAGAUCAAGACCCGUCAGCGAAGCAUGAGAAGACACCUCAAUCUGUUAAAAUCAAUGACGGUGAGAUAGUCGACUGGAGGUUCGAUGAUUGGAAGGCAAUGCGUGAACAUGUAUCGACCACCCGCGCCCAUCUUAUUGGUAUACAGUUCCAAGGCAAACCAUGGGAGCCGGUCAAAGGGGUUCCUGUCGAUCGUGAAGGGGAAUUUGUCUAUGGGCUUCGACCAAGCUUGGAUAAAGUUAUGGAUCGACUGCUAUGCGAGAUUACGGUGAAAGACAACGUGAAGAUUAUCACGUUCAGGUCCACGUACAAUGUUGAGAAUUUGACCUCAUAUACCAUGAAACUUGUGCUGGUCGAUUCAUCUAACAAGCCGGCAUAUUCGGUUCAAAAGAUCGAGCCCGGUGGGCAAUAUUCUCUACCGAUAGAAGCUGUCACCAAGAAUCGUAUCAAGAUCAGGCCCGACGCUGGCUUUGGCUUUGGAUUCUCUCAGACUAGUCUCUCUUGGGAUGAGCUAAUCAAACGGCCAAAUGUCACCGUGGCCUGCCGUCAUAAUGAGAAUACUGAGGCACCGUUCCGUUUCCAAGUAUUUGCCAAGUAUGAUGCUAACGAUCCAAUUACAAGGCGGUACCCUAAGAUGAGUCUUCGGGUCCGUGCUCCAGUUGAACUGGAGAACCUACUCCCAUAUGACAUCAAGUACCGGGUAUACGAUAAGAACGCCAGUCUCAACUGGACCUCAUAUCUUCGACGCGGUGGCGUAAUGCCAGUUCAUUCGGUCGAACUCACGCAUCUCCUUUUGUUGAAUAUCGAAGCUCAGGAUUCCGGUUUUGCCGCGAGCUCGUUUGCAAUUAUCAAUGCUGAUACAGACGCAGACUUUGACAUUGAAAAGACUCUAACUUUACCCGAUAAAGAAGGCCGCAAGCUCGAUGUAAGGCUCAAUUAUGUGCGACACCCGGACUCUGGUGGAGCGGUAAAGAUACAAAUCUACAGUCCUUUCAUCAUGAUCAAUAAGACGGGAUUGCCAUUUGCCUUGCGCGCCAACCGUACAACCCGUGCAACUGCCGCGCGUGAUGUGGCAGUUGGAGAUAGCAGCGCUCUUACGAAACCAACGCCCUUCAUGUUCUCCCAUAGCAGUAAAGGAGGCAAUGAGUUUUCUAUCAGCGUUGCUGGCUCCUCGUGGUCAACACCCGUCAAUUUCGAGUCUUUGCGAACGGAAACAGAGAUCGUAAUGCGUGCAUCCAAGAAUGAGGAUAUCCACGUCGGGAUUUCAUGGGCGGAAGGUCUCGGAAAGUACAAACUCAGCAAGGUUGUCACAUUGGCACCUCGUUUUAUCGUCAAGAACAUGACCUCGCGUCAGCUAUCUUUCCGGGAGCAUGGUGUCCCGCUACAAAAUGGCUCCAUCCUCGACCCCAGUGGCCAGUCACAGCUGAUGCAUCUUCGUGCUGGAAUGGAUGGGCUUCUUACUUUUGCCUACACUGCUCUCAAUGCUAAAUGGUAUGGUUCUUGUUUCCAAGAGGACAUCUUCCAGGUUUGGCUUAAACUUCUCCAGGAUAUUGGUCGCGUAUACCUUCGGAUGCCAACUCCUGAGAAUGAACAACACCAUAAACCACACCUCCUCCGUGCUGAUGUUGCUCUAGAAGGCAGCACUAUCUUUGUUAUCCUGAGUCGUGAGACUGGGCCAUGGCCAUUCAAAAUUGACAACCAGAGCGAUUACCCUAUAACUGAUACCACUCGACUGGAACGUGGAGACCAACCUCAAGGUACUGCUUCUUAUGAUGUUGGUCCGCAUCUUUCGAUAUGGUACGCUUGGGAUGCACCCGCGGCUCGCGAGAAGAAGAUCCGUCUGCUCAUUAACGGGCAUGCGAAACACGUCGACAUCAACGAGAUUGGAAACCUACCGCCCUUUCAGUUCCCAGUUCCUCCCAGGAGUCAUCGUGCAGUAUCAUUGGAUGUCAAGGCAGAAGGCCCCAGCCAAACGCUUACCAUUUCUAACUAUCUAGAAGAACGAAGUGUAUACAAGAGGCGAGCCCGAGCGGCAAGCGGUACCUUACAGCGUCAAGAUACUAUGAGCAGUCAGGAAGCCUUCGAGGCGGUAACGGCAAAGGCAAACGUUGGGCUUGUGUUCAAACUGGAUUUCGAAGGUGUCGGGCUCUCCCUAGUCAACAAGCGAAUGAUGGAGAUUUUGUAUCUCUCGGUGGAGGGCGUGCUCUUGCAAUACACUGACACUGAUGCAGCUCAGAUAUGUGACGUCUCCCUGCGGCGCCUGCAGAUCGACAAUCAACUUCACGACUGCCAGUUCCCUAUCGUCCUGCAACCUACUCUACUCGCUCAAGAUCCCAACGCACUUCCAGCCAUUCAAGGGUCGCUGAUGAUGCUCAAGGACAACUCUCAUGGAGUCACAUUUAUUAAAUACGCCUCGGUUCUACUCCAAUCACUUUCUGUUCAACUGGAUGAGGACUUCCUAUUUACUCUGCUCGACUUUGCCAAACUCGAGGGUGUUGCUUGGGGAUCGGAGCCGCAAGAUGUAUUCACUGAACACCCAGUAGACAUUCCUGAGCCACAGAAUCUCAACCAAGGCGGACAAGACCUGUAUUUUGAGGUUCUUGAGCUUCAACCAACCGAGCUUUCUCUUUCCUUCAUGCGUUCACCACACACGAACAUCGAGGAAGCCGAGAAGAUCAACACUCGGAACCCUCUCGCGGUAGUGAUCAACGCAAUGACCAUGGCUCUAGGAAAUCUUAAUAACGCGCCCCUUCGCUUCAACGCACUGGCCAUUCGAGAUAUGCGUCUCAGCGUUCCAAUCCUGCAAGAACGUAUCAUAUAUCACUACCGUCAAGAAGUCCUGCGGCAGCUGUAUCGUGUCCUGGGCUCUGCGGACUUCCUUGGUAACCCUGUCGGGCUGUUUACCAACGUUAGCGGUGGUGUGGCCGAUAUCUUUUACGAACCUUACAAGGGUGUGGUUAUGCACGGGAACAAGGAGCUUGGUAUUGGUAUUGCCAAGGGAGCAGCAAGCUUCGUCAAGAAGACGGUCUUUGGCGUUACGGAUAGUAUGACUAAAGUGACGAGUAGCAUCGGCAAGGGCCUCUCUGCAGCAACCUUUGACGAGGAGUAUCAACGACAACGUCGUCUUGCCCAACGUACAAACAAACCCAAGCAUGCUAUUUACGGAGUUACGGCGGGCGCUGAAGCUCUAGCAACAAGCAUAGCUAGUGGUGUAGAGGGCGUUGUUAUGAAACCCAUCGAGGGCGCCGAGACUGGUGGUGCAAGCGGGUUCUUGAAGGGUAUAGGCAAAGGGCUCGUGGGCAGUGCCGUUACCAAGCCUGUCAUUGGCGUGUUCGACUUAGCGGCCAACGUGACCGAAGGUAUUCGGAACACAACCACCGUGUUCGAUAAUAAUCAGUCUGAACGAGUUCGCAAGCCACGGCACAUUCCACCCGAUGGCAUUCUCGUCCCGUACUCUGGCGCGGACGCACUUGGGCAAAUGUGGAUGAAAGACCUCGACGGUGGACGUUUCCGAAACGAAUUCUAUGUCGCGCAUAUCGACUUGCCAGGAGGAGACAACGUAGCGAUGCUCACGACUUCUCGCAUCAUGACCUUUUCCGUGAAUAAACUUCGGCUCGAAUGGGAAAUGCCGUUUUCGUAUCUCCAGGGUGUCACGAUUGAAGACACAGGUAUCCGGUUCACGAGCAAGUCGGGCCACGAUCAUGACCGAUUCGUGCCCAUUCCCAAGAGCUCACCCAAGAAGUGGUUCUUCCACGAGAUCGAAAAGCAAGUUGGUGGUGAAGAAUUACAGCGCAUCGAAGCGAAUUGA